AUGGAUCCAGAGCAAAGCACCUGAUUGAGACCUGCAGGGAUCCACAGAGAAAGAAGAAAACGUAGCACAGAAACAGAAUCCUCUACAGUUGGUUCUGACACAGUGUUGUCACCAGCUUCAAACACAACAACAGACAAAUAUAGCUGCAGACUGUGUUGCAGUACAGACGGCUAGGAAACAGCUACCGGCAGACAGACAGGAGUGCAGUACCUGUAGGACAGUACAGACAGUUGAGGCAGUACAGACAGUAGACAGUACUACAGACAGUUUGGAGGCAGUACAGACGGUCCAGUACAGACAUGCAGUGUAAGCGUUUUGUUUCGUGUGUUCUGCUGCUUACUGCCGCCGGACCCCUCCUCACACACCCAGUCUCACACUCUAACGAGAUGUCCUAUACCGGAACAGAGGAGGACCAGGUGAUGAGUCCAGAGGAACUGUCCCUUUCUGACCACACCUACAGACUCCACAGUGCACCUGGCCUUGGCAAUCUAAGAUCAGCAGUGUUCAGCCCAGACCAGGCCGUGAGAGAGGUGCUGUUGGAAACACCAGCUCUGAGCCCUCAACCUCAUUUCCUGGGCAGCAGAAGAGAGUACAGAAAGAGAACCACCACAGAGUGCUUCUGGAAGUAUUGUGUCUAGGAGUGACACACACGAUACAUAGUAUGUAUUUAUUCUGUUGUGUUCAGGCACAGCUCAGGUGUACAUAGUGAAAUAGUGAAUAUGAGUAAUAAACAUGACUGUGUAGUGUUGUAUGUACAAUAAUGAA